AUGGCAUCUAAACGUCCUAGAGAGCAGGGAACUACGAUGGAGGGCAGUAACGAAGAAACACUGCAGAAGAAAGAACAGCCUCAGGAGGUGGCACCGCAACCCAACCUGCACCAAUCGCUGAAGGAGGCACGAUUUGCUGGACGGUCCAUGGGGGCAACGUUUCAUCAUCAGUUAGGACCUUACGAGGCCCCGGAUGAGGCAGCGGAUGUUGAGGAUUUGGUUCAGGGGCACGAGGACUUUGGCGACCUGCCGGAGGAGCGUCGCCGUGCGCUGUUGGAGUCCGUGCGGGUACUGGCGCAGAAGGUGGCGGCUGCCAAAAACAGGAACCAGCUGGAACACCUGCGCGUUAAGGCGUCCCGUCUUUUUGGUUUUAAAGACACCGCGCGGAAGUCGGAGCUGACUGCGGCGUAUCGGCAGUUAGUGCGGGCCGGUGAAUUGCAGGAGUCACCGGUGAUGGAGGAGCUUCUGGUGCGUAAGCGCGGCAAGUCGCAUAGUGGUGUGCUUGUGGUGACAGUCUUUAUGGGACCGGGACAGUUUUCAUGCCCAAAGGAUUGCCACUACUGUCCUAACCAACCAGGCAUCGCACGCUCGUACUUGCUGAAGGAGCCAGGCGUACUGCGUGGGUACCGCAAUGGCUGGGACCCUAUCUCGCAGUUCUAUGAUCGGGCGAGCGCGCUGGAAAACAACGGUCACGUGGUGGACAAGAUUGAACUUAUUAUUCUUGGCGGGACAUUUUCCUUCUACCCGAAGAAGUACGCUGAGGAGUUUAUGGCUGGCUCUUUUUACGCUGCCAACACAUACUACGACGCUGCACCACUGCGGCCUAUGCAGAGCCUACAGGAGGAAAUCACACUGAACGAGGAGGCCCGAUGCCGCGUCAUUGGUGUGACGGUUGAGACGCGCCCGGAUUACAUCAACACGUCCGAGCUGCGGCGCUUCCGUUUGCUUGGCGUCACCCGCGUACAGCUUGGGGUGCAGCACCUUGACGAUGACAUUCUCAAAGUUGUUAACCGUGACUGCCCGACUGCCAAAACCAUUGUGGCGAUCAAGCGGCUGCUCGACGCAGGGUUUAAGGUGGAUGCCCAUUGGAUGCCAGAUCUGCCAGGAAGCAGCUACGCCAAGGACCGUGAGAUGUUUGAGUACCUUUUCUCUUCUGACAACAAGAGCUUUCAAGUGGAUCAGUGGAAGGUCUACCCCACGGCGACAGUGCCGUAUACCAAGAUUGAGGAGUGGUACCGUAAAGGUCUCUACAAGCCCUAUGCAGAGAUGGACGGCGGUGCCUGGAUGGUGAAACUCCUUGUGUACAUCAUGGAGCAGUGCCCGUACCGCAUUCGUCUAAAUCGUAUUGUUCGUGACAUCCCCACAACGUACAUCAUGGGGGGAGAGCGGCGGUGCAAUCUGCGGCAGGUGAUUGAGGCGGAGAUGAAGGAAAAGGGAAUUUGCUGCAAGGAUAUCCGUGAACGUGAAUGCAAAGGGAGGCCUGUCGAUCGCGAGCACACAAAACUUUUCGUGGAUGAAUUUUGCGCAAGCGAGGGGACGGAGUUUUACAUCUCGGUGGAAAAUCCGGAGCGGACGACGCUGUAUGGGCAUCUGCGGCUGCGGCUGCGUGACAACAGCGGGGCAGAUAAUUCCCUGUUCAAGGCGCUGGAGGACUGUGCGCUCAUUCGCGAGUUGCACACGUACGGUCGGCUGGUGGCAGUGUCCCGGCCUAAUUCCGGGAACGAGGCGCAGCACAUGGGCGUGGGCACGCAAUUGAUGAGGGAGGCAGAGCGCAUUGCCGCGGCGCACGGAUUUGGCAGUAUGGCGGUGAUUGCAGGUGUCGGUGUACGACGGUACUACGGGAAACUGGGGUACCACCUGGAGGACACCUACAUGGUGAAGCGUCUCGAGGUGAAUGGCACGAACGCCAUCACGGAGGAGCAGGUGGUGCAGGACGACGACAAUGAUAACACCGGCUUUUUAUCAAAACUGAAGGACCUUAUUUUUGGGAAGUAA